UGAACGGAUGAUGGAUGGAUUUAUCCGCGGGCGCCAUCUUCUGGUCAGAACCGGGAGUUCAUUCAGCACGACCAUCACAGUGCAUUAUGAACUUCUUGAGUGUACAUCAGUUGUUGCAGUACCUUAUGAUUGAAUAAGUGCGACACCACUACAAAUUGCUGUCCUCAAAAAUCACCAUAGAGCGAUUUCAGACACAGCUCUUACCUGGCAUAUACUAGAAACUUCCAGGCAGAUUUAGUGACUGGCGAGUGGGAUGAGUUGAAGGCUGUGAUGGAGGGAGAUGUUCUCACUCUACGAACAGGAGAAACUGAGCUUGAGAGAAUCAGUGAAGCAACAUGGCUUUUAAAAAGGGGUGAUCGAACUGUCCGUAUCGCACAGAUGUAUCAGGGUUUUGAACCCUUUUAUGAGGAGGGACCAGUCGGCAGAAUGAAAAUGGACACAAAGACUAGAGCGCUGACCAUCAGGAACAUCAGCUCUGGUGACUCUGGACUGUAUGAAGUUUCUCUCCACAGUGGAUCCAUCUAUGAGAGGAGAUUCAAGGUUGACAUUUAUGGACCUGUUUCUGUACCUGUCAUCAUGUCUCUAGAUAGUGUAAACCAAGCUAACGGUACAUCAAUGUGGCCACAGAAGACAGAGGAAAUAUGCUCUGUGUUCUGCUCUGUGAGAAAUGAUCGAGACGUGUUCAUCUCGUGGUAUAAAGGGAGUGAAAUGGUGAAUCAGACCAACAAUCCUGAUCUCAGCAUCAAGCUCAGUUUACCAUUAGAGCUUCAUUAUAAUGAUCCAGAGAUCUACAGCUGCACGGCUGCAAAUCCAGUGAGCAACAAAAGCAUCAGUCUUCACAUGAACAAGAUCUGCCCAAGACAUGAAGAUUGUCUGGAUCAUUGUGGCGUCACUGAAGCUCUGAUUCGACUGGUCUGGUCUGGUGGGAAUCGCCACUGUUUUCCUUCUGGUUGAUCAUGUGAGGAUCUCCUCAUCUCAGAGAAGAGCUGCUGCUGCUGUCUUCCACUUUCUUGUCUCGUCGAUGCAUCAUGUAUCAGGACCUCAUUUAGACUGUCCUCAUCUGCCGAACAAGGUAUCCCGUCCUCCUCCAUCCUGAAAGAUUCACCUGUAGCCUGUUCACCUGCUAACUGUAAGAAAAUGAGAGUUUUGCAUCAUUAGUAACUGUGCCAGUAAACUGACCCUCAUUUGUUAUGCAAAGCUAUUAGGUUCAAUAAUAUGGAAGUAAACUAUACUUACACUUUAAUAGUCUUUUUAAUGAUUUACCUGUCUAUGCCAAUUGUGUAAUAUCUAUUUAAUAUCUUUUUCGAUUGGUAAUUGAUUUCAUUGAGCAUAAUUUAAGCAUUCAUUAUAACAUGGUAUUAGCUCAAUUUAAAAAUUACAUUGACAGACCUAUCAAAAGUAUAUAAAAAUGUAAACCAUGUAGACAAUACUCUGAAUACAUUUCUUCUAUAAGGAUGAUGUUUUCUAUUUCUGAAUUAGAAAUGAUUUUGACACUUUUGGGGGGCUUAAAAUCAUGGCAGAUUGUGGUUAUCAUCGUAAGACUAAUGAAGAUCAACAAUGAUUCCCUGAUUACAGCAACAGACUGUUAAGUCCACAACAGCAUGAUGGUUUCUCAUGCAGUGUCAUCUGAGGGCUCAAAGGUCAUGCACAUUCAACAGAAGACAUACACGGACUGAGAUUUCCCUGAAUUUUUUUUUACAAUAUUAUGUAUGUUAAAUGUGAAAGAUUCAAAUUCCUUAAAAUCUUGUACUGAGAAAUGUGAUUUUUGAAUUGUUUGACGAUUCUCUCAUGACAUUUGGCACAAAGUGGUGAGCCAUGACCCAUCUUUGCUCACAAAGACUGAGAAGCUCUUUUACACCCAAUCACAACACCCUCACCUAUUACCAAUUCACCUGCUCAUUGUGUGCUGUUUAAAAACAGUUUAACUUGGAUAUUCUAUAGUCUUUUCACUUUUAUUUUGCCUCUGUCCAAACUUUUUUGGAGUGUGUUGCAGUCAUCAAAAUCAAAAUUUGUUUAUAUGUACAAAAUACAAUUAAU